CCUCUCACUCCUUCUUUUCUUUUGGUUUUUUUGUUUCCUCUUGAACCGUUUACCUCCCACCCAACCCAAUCCAUCUCUUCUCCUCAUCUCCCUUUCUUUGAUGCUCUUCAUUCUAUCUUAAAAUCAUGAGCGCCUUCACCUUCUUCUUCAAUAUCCUAGAAGGUUUUCAGAGCGAUGCCGCUGAAGAAAUAUGCAAAUCGUAAUCCUCAUUCAAACAAAGCACACAGCCGGGGAGACAAUGUCAAAAGCAAAACCCCAAAACAUGUAGAAGAGAAUUCCACACUCUCCUCUUCACACGGCGAGUUUUAUUUUGAUUGAUUGGUGUUAAAAGGAAUGAGCAAAGCACGACCUCCGGAGCCUCUUGAUUUCUUUAUAUGGACUGUCGAGGAUGUUGGUUUAUGGUUGGAAGAGAUAAAUCUUGGUGGCUAUCGCCAGAUUUUCAAAGAAAAUGGUGUCAAUGGAGAAUACCUGGAGGGCAUGUCCAUGUUCACAACCGAACAAAUUCUUCGGUUUAUACGGCGGUGCCAUAUGAAGUGGGGAGACUUCAUCACACUCUGUAAGGAACUCAGACGAAUAAAAGUGGCAUGCCUAAAAGGGGAACAAAAGGUUCGCAGGCCAUGGUGGGCUCCGUCAUGCCUCUCAGUAGUCUUUGUUAAGGUGGCGAAGCGCAACAGACAGUCACGAGUUGUUUCCUUGAAGCUGGAGCCCUGAUGCAGAAGUCUGGUUUUAUGUGUAUGUAUAUCAAGUUCAUUUUGUUUAGGAACAGAAUAGGAAACAACUAAACGUUUGUCUGAAACCUGGAAAGGUGUAACUGGUUCUACUUACGGAUACAAAGCCUUUUUUUAUAUAUUUGUUUGAUGUUGAUUUUGUA